AUGGCUGAAGCGGAGUUCACGGCAACGGUCGUGACGCUGUGCCGUCAAACGCUCAGCGGUGACCGCGCCGUCAUUUCGGCGGCCGAAGAGAAUCUGAAGGCGUUGCUUCAACCGAAUGGCGUCCACAUUCGUCAUAGGAUGCAGUGUCUAUUUCGGUUAAUCUUAAUUCCGUCGCCGCUAAUCUUGCAACCCACAGCCAUCGCAGAUAAUGACCUCAAGGUCGUUUCGCCCGAACUUCAAUUGUGGGUUACCAUAUGCCUCAAGAACUUUAUCCGGAACAAUUUCGACACACCUGAGUCGCAUGGGGGCUUGAGCGACGAUUUGCGGCACUUGUUGAGAUGCCUUCUUGUCGUCGCUGUGCUGAACCACAGCCGCAUCGGUCUGGACAAGAACGUGUUCAGACAACUGGAGGAAACGCUUCACAUGCUUUCCGAGUACGAUUUCCCGCACAACAUGGACUUCGCCAUUCUGUUCAUGGAGUACUGCCACCUCAGUGACGUAGCGCCUGCCGUCGUUGCGAACGCAUUUUCUCAGCGCGUUCACAAGGAAGCCAGUCUGCGCACCCAGGUAAACAUGGGGAUGAACCCAUCAGUCGAGAACUCCCAGUCCCUCGCGAGGUCGCUGGAGGAGGCUAAGUCCACUGCACACCUGGCCUACGGGGAGAGCUGCGCCGCGUUGGUGGCCUCGUAUUCCCAGAUCCACCAGUCUUUGGAGUCCUACAGCACGGCGUUGACCGUUGGCGAUCUCGGCAUAUUAGGGCGAGCGUAUGGCGGCUUGUACCGAACUAUCGUGUCUGGUUGCGAGUCGAUGUGCCAAGUGCUCAAGGGUGUGACUCUCAGCGACCUCGACCUUGGCAAGUUCCUGCAGGCCGCGGCGUACCUGUUUCCCAAAGAGCGGUUGCUCAUCCACUCAGUAAACAGUUCCACCAGCGGUUCCGAGAUGAAGCAUGAUAAGGGUGAUCCGCUUAUGUACUUCGACGACCGAGUGCUUUAUAAGGAUCCGGCGCUGUGGCAAAUGUCCGGCGCAACGCUUCCUGAGUUGGGGAUCGAAGGGCAGUGGGUGAUGGUGACCUUGCGCCCCGGUUCGCUUAUCAAUGAGGCGACGAUUGACGUGGAUUACUUCCGCCGCAAGAGCCAUACUCUGGGUGUGUUCAAGAGGCUGAUGAAGAAGUACAAGACUAGCGUCUAUGGCGACGCGAUUCUGAGUGAGCUGAAAAUAGUGCUGACACUCAGCGAGAGCAUGCUGCUGUAUGUCUUCAAGGCAUGCCUAUGCAAGCUUCGUGAAUAUGUGCCAAUGAUGUCGGUUGCCGGGUCGACAAACUGCUUGUCCCGGGUGGUGUUGGAUCUGCUAGAGAGCAUUACAUCCAUCACCAAGAUUCUCACUUACAUCCACGUCAUAGACAUGCCAGAAUGCUGCGAGGACAACUUGGAUGUUUAUUUGGGUGGUAUGCUGGAGCUGUUGCGUUUUUCGGACCCCGUGAUAUUGCAGGUCGACCAGUCUGGCAUCGUAAGAAAGCUGAAGGUUGCUAUUUGCAAACUGCUGCGGUACUACGGCGAGCGUUAUCAGGAGGCGUUCCGUCCUUUCGUUUUCCAGUGCAUCGACGACACGGUAGCGCUUUGCCGCGCUUUGUCGCAGCAGAGCGAAGACGAUCGUUUGUGCUCCGCCAUCCUGGAAUUCCUCGCCGCGUCAGCUUCUACGCACUGGAAUCCGCAUGGUGGACGUAACAGCCCUUUCACGGAUGGCGAUUACCUGGCGGACAUGAUACGGUCCAUCGUGCUUCCCAACAUCGGCUUCCGGGAGUGCGACCUUUUCCUCAUCGAUGACUGCCCGCAGGAAUUCGUCCAACGUGAGCUCGACACUGGCACCGGCCACAGCCGCCGCUUCUCCGCCAUCAGCCUGUUGAAGAAGCUCGUGAACACCUACGGACAGAUGGUGCAGUACAUCCUCAACCAGUUCGCCCUUAACGUCUCCGGAGUCAACGAUUAUAAGAUCAAAGAGCUUUACUUGCAGCUCAUCAUAUGUUCCAAUUUCAAGGUCAACGAUGGUUUCCAGGUCCAUGCUUAUUUUUCGGAGCACCUGCGUGGGGACUUCCUUCGGGAGUCGCAGAGCCUGAUAAACGAGCAGGCGAACGUCCUGAUAGUGAUGGCGAUAAUGAAGUUCCUGUUCACGUUCAAAAAGCAAAUCCCUGUAAACGAUUUGUCGUCUUUGGUUGCUCCGGUCUCCGCUUUUUUGCAGCACCAAAACGACGCCGUGCGCUUCCUCGCUGCUGAGACUCUUAACCGCAUUCUGCCGCUUGUUCGGGACUACAAGGCCCAGUUGAAGCAGACGCUGCUGCAGGCCCUGGGAUGCAUUCUGCAGCGCAUGAGGUCUGAGGCUCCGAACGAGUUUUACGUGCGCUGCGCGAUGCGCAUAUUCCUGUACUUGCGGCAGGACGUGCUCGAAAGCGGGUUCGUAAUGUUGGAUAUUAUUGUCGAGUUGAUCAAGAAGGCAUCAGACAACCCGGUGAACCCCAUCUACAACCACUACCUCUUUGAGUGCCUGGCCACCCUGCUCCGGAUCCACCUUGCCGCGGGUUCCAUGGAUGCGGUUGCUCGCAUUGAGGACGGCCUGAUACCCACGAUCGCAAUCAUCAUACAGCAGGACACACAUCCUUUUGUGCCGUAUGGUCUGCAGAUUCUCUACAUACUGCUGCGUUCGGCGCAGCAGCCUGGCUCUACUUACAUGCAGCUCUUCUCCCACCUGACCUGCAUUGACACCUGGCGUGCCUCCACUGCGAACGCUCAAGGUGCUGCUAAGCUGCUGGUGUGCUACUUCGAGCGCCAUGCGCUGUUCGAGAAGGAGAUUGUGGCAAACAUCGAGCGCAUCUUGAGCAUCUUCCACUUCUGCCUAACCCACCGGAAGCUGUCGUUAGUGGCCCUUGACCUUUUCAACGGCCUCGUGCGGUACCUUCCCGUUGCGUUUUACAGCAAAUUCCUGGCCUCCAUCGUCACCGUGAUGCUGUCCUUCAUCCACAAAAUGAAGACCGGCGACUGCAUACCGAGGGUGGUCACGUCCAUGGCACUGCUGGCAACGUCCCUGCAUUUGCAGCAAUUUUCACCUGGCUUCGUGCAAACCCUGGAAACCAUCCAGUCUGGCAUCUGCCGAAACUUCUUCCAAGUGGUGUACGUGCCCAACGCGCGAAAGGUGCUGGCGCUCGAGUCCAAGCGCGUCCUGAUGGUGGGAACGGCGAUCAUGCUCGGCAGCCCCGUAGUGCAGGUUUCUGCUGACAUAUUCACCCUGCUGGCCAAUUUCCUCGGCGAGCUCAUCCAAGGCCAAAGUCUGAAGGCCGCGCCCACUCCCGUGGAGCCUGACGAGAUGGAGGACCUGAUGCAGGACUUGGAGUUCGACGUGUCGUUUGUGCGUCUGCGCAGUGUGGAGGACCCCGCCAACCGCGGCGGGGCGAGGCUUCUGGACCCCAGCGUCAAUGUGGAACAUUUGGUACGCGGCUCGUUGCGUCCAAUCGCCUCCAUUAUACAGCAAUUGCCUCCAGGUGGCGGUGCGCAGAGCCUGCUGAACCUUCUGAAUUGA